GGUGCCGCCGCUCUCCGUCUCGUCGCGGGCGGGGCCGGCCCCGCUCCUCCCGCGGCCCCUCCUGCCCGCGCCCGGUCCCGGGGUUCCGAGCGGCUGUGUGCGGCCGUCCGCUGUGCCCCGCGCCAUGCUGCCGCUCCUGCGCUUCUUCGCGCUGCCCGCCGCCUGCGACGGGAGCCGGGAUGGCGACUCGCGGUACGCCAACCUCUUCAAGAAGCUGGACCUCAACGAGGAUGGGAGGGUGGACAUCGCCGAGCUCCAGACGGGCCUCCAAGCCAUGGGCAUCCCGCUGGGCAAGGAGGCGGAGGAGAAAAUCUUUAAAGCUGGCGACACUAACCAGGAUGGGCAGUUAGAUUUUGAAGAAUUUAUGCGGUAUCUUAAAGAUCAUGAGAAGAAAAUGAAACUGGCGUUUAAGAGCCUGGACAAAAACAAUGAUGGAAAAAUUGAGCCAUCAGAAGUUGUCCAGUCCCUCAAGAUACUGGGUAUAAACAUUUCAGAAAAACAGGCAGAAAAGAUCCUGCAAAGUAUUGAUGCUGACGGAACAAUGUCAGUAGAUUGGAAUGAGUGGAGAGAUCAUUUUAUGUUUAACCCUGCUACGGACAUAGAGGAAAUAAUCCGAUACUGGAAACAUUCCACUGUGCUGGAUAUUGGAGAUAGUUUGACUGUUCCAGAUGAGUUCACAGAGGAAGAGAAAAAGAGUGGACAGUGGUGGAAGCAGCUCUUAGCAGGAGGAGUGGCUGGUGCUAUCUCUCGAACAGGUACAGCACCUUUAGAUCGUCUAAAAGUAAUGAUGCAGGUUCAUGGUUCAAAAUCAAACAAAAUGAAUAUUGCCAGUGGUUUUAAGCAAAUGUUGAAAGAAGGUGGUGUUCGAUCACUCUGGAGGGGAAAUGGUGUAAAUGUUGUCAAAAUAGCUCCUGAGACAGCUAUUAAGUUCUGGGCUUAUGAACAGUAUAAGAAGAUACUCACUAAAGAUGAUGGAAAUUUAGGCACCAUUGAAAGAUUUGUAUCAGGUUCUCUAGCCGGGGCAACAGCACAAACUUCUAUUUAUCCCAUGGAGGUUUUAAAGACCAGGUUGGCUGUGGGUAAAACAGGGCAAUAUUCUGGGAUGUUUGACUGUGCUAAGAAGAUCUUGAAAAGAGAAGGUGCAAAGGCCUUCUACAAAGGCUAUAUUCCUAACAUUUUGGGUAUAAUUCCUUAUGCUGGGAUUGACCUUGCUGUUUAUGAGCUCUUAAAGACUACAUGGCUAGAACACUAUGCAUCAAGCUCUGCUAACCCAGGGGUUUUUGUGUUACUGGGAUGUGGUACUGUUUCCAGCACAUGUGGGCAGUUAGCCAGUUACCCUCUUGCUCUUGUCAGGACACGCAUGCAGGCUCAAGCGUCGGUGGAAGGAGCUCCACAGCUAAACAUGGUCAGCCUCUUUCAAAAAAUUGUUGCUACAGAAGGAAUCCAAGGACUUUAUAGGGGCAUAGCCCCUAAUUUUAUGAAAGUUCUUCCAGCUGUCAGUAUCAGUUACGUUGUGUAUGAAAAAAUGAAGCAGAAUUUAGGAAUAGCUUGAAGUAGAAAGGUGAGAUAUUUCUAAUUUGGUUGGAAUUAACAGAACAAAGAUGAUUUCUUCAGUAAUCUGUUCUUACAAUUAGAGACUGUGGAGAGAUGCUGCGACUUCUGUUUUUAUUCUCCAGUGGGAGGAAACUUAAUUUCUUGUACACCAUUUGUAAACAGAUACCUAUGUUGCACUUUAAUGUCACUAAAUUGAGGAAAAAAAACCUGUAUAUUUAAAUCAACUGUAUGCCUACAUAUUCAUAUAAUCAUGCAUAUUUUACUCUUUUGUCUUCUCUAACUGAACUUGUCUCACAUGAAACCAAAGGUAGAAGAAGUUCAUACUGCCUUGAUACUGAAUUGAUGAAAGUGACUUUGUUUUGUCAUGCUGCCUGUCCUCAAGCCAUUCACAGAAAACAUUUUGCACUUCUAGAAGUAAGCACUUAAUAUCAUUAUUUUUGAAGGCAAUCUAAGUUCUAAACAUUGUUACCUUAGAUACAGGAAGGAAUAGUGUAACACAUUAAAUGUAGCCCACCACCUUUAUUUUCAAGUUAACCUGUGUUUUCUAUAAUGAAUAUGAGCCUGAAAAACUACUGUUCCACGGUAUCUAGAAUACCUCAAUUGAUUUAUAUCGUGUUUUUUGUAAUGCAGUCAAUGAUUUUGGUAUCUUGCUUCUUUGGACCUGCUUUCGCACUUGUAAAUGCUAGCAUGACAAGCUCUCAAUUGCAAUUAGAUGUCUUAUAGAACCAGUAUACAGAAACAGAAAAAGCCUACUGGAUUACUGGAUCCAUUCCUACAAGUGUAAGUUACUGUUUAAAAAUGAGGUGAAGGAUCCAGUAUUAAGCUAGUGAUGAAUUAGCUGUUGGCUGUGUUGGAAGAAACUGACUUGGACAAGAAUUCAAGCUCAUCAUAGCUGCCUUGAAGAGCAAAAGGCUUCUUGUUCAUAAUUUCUUCCCUUAGUAUCAAAGGGUUACAGUCCCCUUUGUGCUUUUAGCAAAUAAGGGAUUGUGUUAUUAUGUAAAGUUUUUAAAGGCUUGUCAUGAAGGACAAAUCCGCUUUCCCUCACAGUUUUGUGUGCAGUGUAUGAAAUUUGGGUCAUGAAAUACUGAAGCAUUUUGUCUGUGUGACCAAAUGGAACUGCAGCUCUCUAAUGUCCAUCAGGUUCAUGUUAAUAAAGCAAGUGAAGCACACACAGGGAACUUGUAAGUACUUGAGGAACAGUUCCUCAUUUAAAGAAGAAAACAAAAGCAGCACUUCCUCCAUGUAGAAAAUAGGUAUUUCCAUGUAUAAGCCGCUUCCUUUAUUUCUUGGAGGGGUGUGGAGCUGGGGCUGGUGGUAUGAUUUGUCUUAUUUCAGUGGCCUUCAGUCCCAGAUAUUGAGGUAAGAAAAACAAUUACUGCUGAACUCCUUUGUUAUGCUUUUUCUGCAGUCUAUAUGAUGUCUUAAUUCUUUAUUUACAGUAAUCCCAAAUCUACAGAGAUAAUUUUUAUACUCAACUUGACCUUCAAAAAACACUUCUCUUUGACCACUUCCUGAAAUUGGAUUGCUGCAGGAAGAACUUAGAUCCUAUGCUAAGUUCCUGUAAGGCCUUUGAGGGUCUCUAUGUGUACACAUGAAGCCAAACGCACACAGCUGCCCCAUGUGUAUGUGUGUAUACACAAAAUCAAACACAUCAACAAGUGCCCUUUGUUCCUUGUGUGGAAAACUGGGCCGUGUUCUUCAGUCAGCAGGUCAGAUGUACGUCUGUGAUCAGUGCUUCCGUGAUUGUUUUUUAUCUUCAUAAACUGAUACGUUACUUCCUAAGAUUUGUAUUAUAAGAUGUUUUAUCAGAUUUUAGAAAAUGACAGCUUUGGCUGUGUCUUUUGGCCUUCAAUUUAGGGAAAACUUGGACUUUGCACUUUUUAAAAGAACUGAGGAGUCGUUCUAUCCAAAUCAUCCGUGCGUAUGAAGCCUUUCCAAUCUGAAUGUUUCCUGGGUUUGCCAACAUGUUUGUAUCCUGUGGGAUUUUUGAGAUUGCUGAUGUUGCCUGGUCAUGUUGUCUGGCUGUGACCAAUGAGCCACUGUGCGUGUGAUUUCAGAAAAGUCUGUCUUCCAGACUUGGUCCUUACUUUUGUGUGCAAGUGCCAUUAUGAAUAUUGAAAAUUAUGUUGGUGAUGCUUUCAAGCAUUGAAAAGAUGGAGUCAUCUUCAAAUUUCAUUUUUCAUUAUGUGCCUCUGUGAUGACUGUUCAUUUGUAUAUUCUUUGUCUCUUAAGAAAUGAAUGUUUAUCUUUUUAGCUAUGUAAAACUACGAGUUUCUAAUAAAUGUUUGUUUCUUUA